GAGAUGGGUAUUCGUCUGACAGAGAUGAUUUGUUAUGCUAAGGAUGUUAUUCGCAGGAAGUCUUUGUCUACUAAACAUUCAUUUCUGCAGCAAGCAUCUACAUCAGGUCCUAGAGAUGAUGUUCCUAGAGGACAUUUUGUGAUUUACGUGGGAGAGGAACAGAAGAAGAAGAAGAAGAGAUUUGUAGUUCCAAUUUCGUAUUUGAAGAAACCUUCGUUUCAGAAAUUGUUAAGUCAAGCUGAAGAAGAGUUCGAUUUCAGUUAUCCAAUGGGAGGUCUCACACUUCCAUGUCCUGAAGAUGAAUUCAUCAAUGCUACUACUUCUCACUAAAAUGCUUAACACUUUUUUUUUUCUCCUUUUCUUUACUUAU